AAUAUGCAAAGUGUCAUUUACUGUCUCAGGAGGCCACCUUGAAAUUCCUCCAGGUGACCCUCCAUAAGCAUGUGAACACCUGCCUAGCUACCUAAUUCGGGACCCAGCCGCUUCACCUGCUUCAAUAAAUUCUGGCAUCUUUCUAGGUUUUCGCUCAGGCUACGUUUGGGCAUUCAACCUGCGCCUUUGAGAUGGCGUAAGUCAAGAUAGAUCACUUCUAUAGAUCCAAAUACCAAGAACGCUACGAAACUUCAACGCUGUCAUGUCUCGCUCGUCCUUCUUCUCGCGUUCUUCUCGAGACAGCAGUCCUCUCCUCCCCCAACACACCAACGCCGUAUCUCUUCAAGACCUCACCAUCUCUCCGCAAAUAUCCCAAGACCGAACAGCCUCUCCCUCGCCGCCGCCCUCCUUCUACGCCGACACGCGCCCUAGCCCUUCGCCCUCUCCAUCUCGAACCAAAGCUCGCAAGAUCCAGUUCGCAGCUCCACCUCCUCCAAUAGCUACCAGCGUCCUCCUACCUCCACAAAAUGUUACGUACCAAACGAAAUCCUCUUUUGGAGGAAGUUAUGAUGGCGGUUCUGCGGGAAGGAGUUUAAGUCCUAGGAUCAGGAGGGGAAGUGGUGGGAUUGAUCCGCUGUUAGGGCUCGAGAGGAGGGAGAGGGCUCUACAGAAUGAUUUACAAAUGUUGCUUGAUGCGCAAUCUGCUGGGCUUGUCCAGGGAUUUGGCGGUGAGGCAACUGGUGUCGCGGAGGGGGGUUCUGAUGCAGGGAGUAGUACGCCGACAAGUAGAUCUCUACAAAGGAGUUCGAGUCGUGGACAACCAAGUAGUGGAAUCAUGCCUGUAAGGCAGCCAAAGAGGAAGGUAGUUGGACUGAGAGGUGCGAGGAGAGGCUUGCUAAGGGAUAUGGAGGAGCUGGUUGCUGUCAAGAAGGAGGAAGUUGGGGUCUUGACCGGGGAGGUUGAGAGGAGGGAAGUGGUUUUGGAGAAGGUGGAUGGAUGGGAGAAGAGGAUCGAAGGAGUACGAGGGCAACUGAGUGGGUAUAGUGGCUCUGGAGCUGCGGAUCCGGGAGAGGGAGAUGCUGGUGGAGAGGAGGCCCAAGAGAUUGCGGAAUUGAGGACUGAAGAGAGGGCAGUCGACAACGAAAUCUUGGAGAUGGAAGACAGGCUUGCGCAGAUGAAAGCUAGGAAGCGAUGGCUGGGAGAGCGGAUCACAGAGAGCAUAAAUCGGAGAGAGGCAAGACUGAGCAGUUACCGAGGAGCAUUACGAGAAGUCGAGGCAGAAGUCAAAGACUUCUUGAGACGACCUCCGGUUCCUGCCUCGGCUGUUAUGGGGGACGAAGAAGGAUUUACAGCUUUACCUGCGAGCAGGCGAACUCUCGGUAUGGCUAAAGAGUGGUGGAACAAAGAAAUUUCGCAACUCAAGACUCGCCAAGAAGAGGUCGAGAAAGAGAAAGCAGCUUUAGAAGAAGGUGCUGAGAUGUGGGCUGCCAGCAUCAAGGUCGUCAUUGACUUUGAAGAUGAUCUGCGGAAACAGAUGGCAAGUACUGGUGCCCAGGAUCCCAGUUUGCUGCGGAAACAGAUCGACAAAAUGGGAGAAGUCAUAAAGACGCUGUCGGCUACGUUACAAGUGGCUGAAGACAGAGGCUGGAAUCUGCUGAUUUGUGCUGUUGGUGCUGAACUAGAAGCUUUCAAGGAAGGAGAGGAGAUCUUGAAAGGAGCUUUGGGUGUCAUUAGUAGCGAGACUAACAAGGGGCAAGAUGAUGAGAGUCAUAAUGCCAACUCCACGAAUGGCCUGGAAGAGCUGAAUGGACAAAGUCAGAGAGCAGCGAGCUUGGAUAGGGAGGAUAGUGAGGAUGAUGGACCAAAUUUGGCGGAGCUGUUGGUUGAUAGGGGAGAUCAUGAUCCUUGAGAAUACUUCUUUUAGCGAGCGAGUUAUGAUACCAGAGUGGUUCACUCAAAUUCGAUUAUGGUUUUUGAUAUUCUCAAAUGCUGGAACACGUAGUGACAUGGCUAAAUGUCCUGGGAUAUCGGACUGCUUGGUCCAGAAUAGACCAUACAAAACUCAAUACAACUGUAUGAGAGUAGAAGAAGCAUCAGUUCCG